CGUGCGCGUGUGUAUAUUAUGUGUGUAUAAAAAUUAUGUAAAAAUUCUUUUAACUCACGCGUCAUUUAAGUAAACAUCACAUAUAAAAUUGUAAAUCAAUUUAAAUAAAACUGAUAAGAUGACAUUAUCUAAAACACAUCUAAACAGAUUCCAUUAUCAUCUUCGCACUUUGAAAUCAUUUAAUGUUUACACACGGGAUUGAUUGUGUUGAAAAAGAUGAAGAAGGUAUAUCUCGCUGCUGUGGCAGGAAAUCUUGGUAUGCUCUCAAUCGGCCAAUUUUUCGGCUGGGCAUCGCCUUCCUUACCUGUCUUGAUACAAAAUAAGGAUGCUACGUAUCCCGUGCAUUUGACUUCUGACGAAGGUUCUUGGGUCGCAGCUUUACUUAUGCUCGGUGCGACUAUAGGUGCCAUUACAUUUGCCUUUAUUGUAAAUACUAUCGGCAGAAAAAACACCAUGUUACUUGCAGCUGUGCCAUCAAUAAUUAGCUGGUUGAUGAUAGCUUUUGCAACAUUGCCGUGGGAGUUAUACAUAUCGAGAUUCAUAUCCGGAUUUGCUGCAGGCAUCGCUUAUUCCGCCACGCCGAUGUAUCUGGGUGAAAUUUCACCGCCGAAAACCCGUGGUAUCUUAAUAUCUAUGCUGACAGUUGCUACAAAACUGGGCGCUACCUUUGAAUAUAUGAUAGGCCCGUUUCUAUCCGUGAAAACUCUUGCCCUCAUAUCUCUAGCAGCUCCGUGUCUGUUUGGAGUUGUUUUCAUAUGGGUACCGGAAUCCCCGUAUCAGUUGAUGCGACGUAAUGGUAAGCAGAAAGCGAUACAAUCUCUUGUUCAAUUGAGAGGUGAGAAAGAUGUUUACAAGGAAGCGGAUGAUAUCGAGCAGUUUGUGAAAGUAGAUUUAGCUAAUGAAGCUGGUUUUCGAGAACUUUUACUUGUGCCGGGUAAUCGCAGAGCGCUGAUAACUUUGAUAUGCAUGGGCAUAUUUCAACAAAUGAGCGGUAGUCAAGCCGUGUUGCAAUACGCUGAAAUUAUAUUUGACGAGGCAAACGGCAGUCUGGAAGGUAAAUAUUUAACGAUGAUAUUGGGAGUCGUGCAAGUAGUCUGUACGAUAAUCUGCAUGUUUGUUACCGAUUACUGCGGCAGAAAAUUGUUGCUGAUAGUUUCUUCCAUUGGUGCCUCUUGCUCGACCGCCAUAGUUGCGACGUAUUUUACUUUGCAACAUCAUAUGGAUAUUAGCAAAAUCGCGUGGCUACCUGCCAUCGGUGUACUCAUGUACAUAGUCAUGUAUUGCCUGGGUCUGGCCUCGCUAGUGUUCACCAUGGGCGGUGAACUGUUUCCUACAAACGUGAAAGCCUUAGGUUUGAUGAUGCCAAUAGUAAUGGGCAAUAUUAUUGCCUUUAUCGUGACAAAAUCGUACGCGGUUAUAGCCGCAAACAUCGGCGUACACGUGCCGUUUUGGAUAUUUUCCGCGUCCAGUUUCGUCUCCGCAUUAUUUACGUUUUUUUACGUACCGGAGACUAAAGGAAAGACGCUGGAGCAAAUACAGGAGAAAUUGCACAUGCCGCCUAAGCAAUAGGAGAGUAUGUAAAGAAAGAACAUUUUCAUUUUCACAUGCGGAUCUUGAAGUGAUAAUUAUAUGCGACUUACAAGUACAAUUUACAUUCUUGAAAUCGGAACAGAUUAGAUUCAGAAAAUUAUUUAAAAAUUCCGCAAUUCUAUGUAAAAUUGUAAGACUCGCUUGCUCUCGUAAGACUUGCAAUAACUCAACUGCAAUUCUGUGCGUACUUUUGUUUUACGAUCACGCGUAAAUACCUUGCGAUUUUUUGUAAAUUUCACGGUUAACAAAAAGUUCAUCAUUCAAUUAGUAGAUUAUAGAUAUACAACAAAGACGCUGAUGUAAUAUUACAAUGUACGGAAAAUUGUAAUUCCUUACGAUUGUCUCGCCGUGCAAAAUAAUUUUACAAUUUUACGAUUUAUUCAUACAUUUGCUUAGAAUUGCAGUUUUUUUAAUGUUUAUAAGAUGUUCUCAUCU